GCGAAGACGAGAAGAUGUGGUUAUACCACAGGAUAAUAGUGACCACUUCCUCUCAAGCGGGCGUUGCCUUCAAGUAUAAGAUAUCUCCGUCUCAUUUCAGUCACGUGUUCAUCGAUGAGGCCGCACAGGUCACUGAACCCGAGUCUCUCAUUCCUAUCUCUAUGAGUGCCAUCGGGCACGGGGUGGUUGUGUUGGCCGGCGAUCACAGACAGUUGGGUCCAGUGGUGAUGUCACACAAAGCGAGAGACGGCCGACUCGACCGCUCUCUUAUGGAGCGCCUUAUGACUAGCUGUGAGCCCUACUCCAGAAGCGAUGAGUAUAAGAAGUACGGCUUUUAUAACCCGAGAUUUAUUACCAAAUUAUUGCAAAACUAUCGCUCGGAUGCUGUGAUUAUGUCGAUCCCAUCGAAACUGUUUUAUGACAAUGAGUUGCAAUUCAACUGUUCCACUGAUACCCAACUCUUGAAAGCUAUGAAACUCGAUUCAGCCAUUAAUUUCACUGGAGUUCAAGGUGAGGACCGUCAGGACCCCGACUGUCCCUCGUGGUACAACCCCAUGGAGAUCAUCCAGGUUUGCAGCUAUUUAGAGAAACUAUACAACGCUGCCGUUAAACCUGAAGAUAUCGGGAUAAUAACUCCAUAUCGAAAGCAA